CGAGAGAGCGAGAGAGAGAGAGAGAGAGAGAGAGAGAGAGAGAGAGAGAGAGAGAGAGAGAGAGACUGCAAUCAAGAUCGCCCGCUAUAGGACUCAAUACAGCAGUACGUGAAUACGAUAUACCAUGAACUAGGGGUUGUGUAUUCAUUUUUUAAAUUUAGUAAACAAGAAGGAGGAGGACACGAGGGAAGACAGAAAUCGAAAAGUAAGGUCUGAAGAAGAAGAAGAAGAAGAAGAAGAAGAAGAAGAAGAAGAAGAAGAAGAAGAAGAAGAAGCUGCAAGAUGCCUGAGCAAAGCAAUGACUACCGCGUGGUGGUGUUUGGGGCGGGGGGAGUGGGCAAGAGCUCGCUGGUGCUACGAUUCGUCAAAGGGACCUUCCGGGACACCUACAUCCCCACCAUCGAGGACACCUACCGGCAGGUGAUCAGCUGCGACAAGAGUGUCUGCACCCUGCAGAUCACCGACACCACCGGCAGCCACCAGUUCCCUGCUAUGCAGCGGCUCUCCAUCUCCAAGGGCCAUGCCUUCAUCCUGGUCUACUCCAUCACCAGCCGGCAGUCCCUGGAAGAGCUCAAGCCCAUCUACCAGCAGGUCCUGCAGAUCAAGGGCAGUGUGGAGAGCAUCCCCGUCAUGCUGGUGGGCAACAAGUGCGACGAGACCCAGAGAGAGGUGGAGACCAAGGAAGGGGAGGCCCAGGCCCAGGCCUGGAAGUGUGCCUUCAUGGAAACCUCGGCCAAGAUGAACUACAACGUCAAGGAGCUCUUCCAAGAGCUGCUCAACCUGGAGAAGAAGAGGAACAUGAGCCUCAACAUUGACGGCAAGCGCUCAAGCAAGCAGAAGAGGGCGGACAAGAUCAAGGGGAAGUGUAGCGUCAUGUAGACAGAGCCAGGGGCUGGGGUGGAGUGGAAAUGGAAGUAGGGAGGGCUGGGGGGAGGGGGCGAGGAAGGACACAUCCCAUAGCAUAGCCAUCAUCACCUCCUCCCCUGAUCCGCAUUAGGGGAGCUAUAUUUCAGUACUGAAUAUUCUUCCCAUCAACCAGGCAUCUAAUCCCAACUCUGAAGCAGUUUCAUUCUCGUUAUUUCAGAGGAGUGCAUUGCAGUAAUCUCUCUACACAGGAAGGAGAGGGAGGCAUGAUGUACAGGAGGAAGGUUACGAGAAGGGGGACUGGACAGGGUUAGGAGGAAUCAGGGAGUCUGGGACGGAAGAAUCACCACUGCAUAACCCAAACUCACCUCCAGCAGCAACCACUCAGCCACUGACCUUGCAUCCAGCUCCAACUAAAGAUGCUUAUACAGAGGAGAUCCAGGAUGAGUUGAAGAGAUAAG